UCUCUCACACAGCGGAAAACAAGUGCACUGCAGUUGAACGGCGCAUUCGGUGAGAGGUCGGUAAAGCAGUCGAGCCUGCUCGUCGGCGAGCCUCUCCCUCACUUGAAUCCGUAUCCACGUUUAAGUUUUGUCCUCAAAAAUCCCGCAAGUCGAAGGCACGGAAGAAUAAUCGUAAGUUAGUGCUGGAAACACAGCUCGGAUAUUGCCGUGAACGCUGAGGGCUGAGAAAUGGCAACGACAACUUGCACACGCUUCACCGACGAGUACCAGCUGUAUGAAGAACUUGGAAAGGGGGCCUUCUCAGUCGUGCGACGUUGUGUCAAGCUGUGCACGGGCCAAGAGCAUGCUGCCAAAAUCAUCAACACCAAAAAGCUCUCAGCAAGAGAUCACCAGAAGCUGGAACGGGAAGCCCGUAUCUGCCGUCUGCUCAAGCACCCUAAUAUCGUGCGGCUCCAUGACAGUAUAUCAGAGGAAGGCUUCCAUUACCUCUUAUUUGACCUUGUGACGGGUGGCGAACUGUUUGAAGACAUCGUAGCCAGAGAAUAUUACAGUGAAGCCGAUGCCAGUCACUGCAUCCAGCAGAUCCUGGAGGCGGUGCUUCAUUGCCAUCAAAUGGGUGUGGUGCACCGAGAUCUCAAGCCGGAGAACCUGCUCUUGGCCAGUAAAUGCAAGAACGCCGCCGUCAAGUUGGCCGACUUUGGCCUGGCCAUUGAAGUGCAAGGGGACCAGCAGGCCUGGUUUGGGUUCGCUGGAACGCCAGGUUACCUUUCCCCAGAAGUGCUACGAAAGGAGGCUUAUGGGAAACCUGUGGACAUUUGGGCAUGCGGAGUCAUCCUGUACAUUCUGCUGGUGGGAUAUCCUCCAUUUUGGGAUGAAGACCAGCACAAACUCUACCAGCAGAUCAAAGCCGGGGCUUAUGACUUCCCCUCGCCAGAGUGGGACACAGUCACCCCUGAAGCCAAAAACCUCAUCAAUCAGAUGUUGACCAUUAAUCCAGCCAAGAGAAUCACGGCCCAGGAGGCUCUUAAACACCCGUGGGUCUGCCAACGUUCCACUGUGGCGUCCAUGAUGCACAGACAGGAAACAGUCGAGUGCCUGAAGAAGUUCAAUGCGAGAAGGAAACUCAAGGGUGCGAUAUUGACCACCAUGCUGGUGUCGCGCAAUUUCUCUGUGGGCAGGCAGACCACGGCACCCGCCAGCGUCUCUGCGGCCGCCGCUGCAGCCGCUGCUGCGGCCGGUACCACCGCCGGUCUGGUGGAACAAGCAGCCAAGAGCCUGCUCAACAAGAAGGCCGAUGUCAAGCCACAGUCAAACAGUGCGAAAAACAGCAUAGUCACCAGUCCCAAAGGAAACGUCCCUUCUCCUGCUCUGGAGCCUCAGACCACUGUUAUCCAUAACCCGGUGGAUGGGAUCAAGGAAUCUUCAGACAGCAGCAACACCACCAUUGAGGAUGAAGACGUCAAAGGAAAAAGCCUAGAUAGCAGUUCAGUUAAAGCCCCCUUUGAAGUCAGCCAAUCACCUCCGGGCUCCGCCCCCGCCAUCUUCUCCACCAAGCUGACCGACAUCCUGGGCUGCGCCCGUAGGGGCUCGGGACCCUCGGCCGUGCCUGAUAGUGAAGCAGCUGCCCACUCCACACAAUCCCCUCCACAGACUCCCCUCAUGCAGACCCGGUUCACAGAUUUGGUGAGCAGUGUGGGCCGCGCACCUGUCCCGCAACCUCAGACGGAGUCGCUUCCUCUCGAACCUCUGCCCCCCCUCUCCCAAACCUCCUCUCCCCCGCCCCCGUCCCCCUCUGUGUCUGUACAGACACGCAAACAGGAAAUCAUCAAGAUUACAGAGCAGCUGAUCGAAGCCAUCAAUAAUGGGGACUUUGACGCCUAUGCGAAAAUCUGUGACCCUGGACUGACCUCCUUUGAACCCGAGGCUUUGGGGAACCUGGUUGAGGGAAUGGACUUCCACAGAUUCUACUUUGAGAACUUGCUUUCUAAGAACAGCAAGCCCAUCCACACCACCAUCCUGAACCCUCACGUGCACCUGAUCGGAGAAGACGCCGCCUGCAUCGCCUACAUCCGCCUCACCCAGUUUGUGGAUGGCCAGGGCCGGCCGCGCAGCAGCCAGUCGGAGGAGACCCGCGUGUGGCACCGCCGGGACUCCAAAUGGCAGAAUGUUCAUUUCCACUGCUCCGGUGCGCCGGCGGCCCCUCUCCAGUGAAGAGCGGCCCUGAAACAGAUACAUUAGAUGCGAGUGCCCUUCACGGAGGUGAAGGACAGGGAGGACUGAUAGGACGGCAGCAGGGGUCCAGCGUCGGAGCGCUCCGAACCCUCCAGCCUUCCAACGCUGGACACAGCCGUCCUCCCCUGCAUGCAAACCAACAGCUAUCUCUCUACCUGCUGGGCUGCUCUCAACACGGCGUUCACAACCAACCCUCACCUCCGACUCCACCCAGCACGCUACCGACCGACCGUCCGUCUUUAUGCCAAGACUCACCACCGACGCCAGAGCAGCACCGCAUAUAUUAAUCGUCGAGAGCGAUCAUAGACUCCAGGUUCCCAUCUAGAGUUAUAAUAACCCGCACGAUUGCCUUCUUAUCCACGGUCCUUUGCGCUCGUCUUCACUGGCCUUAUGCCCCCUGUGCCCAGGUACUCCCAAAUACAGUAGAUCAUGUUUUAAUUAAAAUCUUAUUAUUAUUGUAUUUAUUGUUAUCGUUACUACUAUCGAUUAUAUAUGAUUAUUACUUCCGUCAGGUAUUGCUGUUGUUCUUGAGAUUGUACAUUUGAUGGUCAAAUUACUGAUGUUUUGUUUUAAGACACUUUUUUUUUCUCCUUUUUUUUUUUUUAAGCAUGGAUUUUUUUUUUUUGGUGUUCAAGUAAUCUAAAGUCUAUUUCGGCAGCGCUGUGUGUGUUUAACUUCACGCUCGCUGUUAAAAAUAAAAAAGCAGCAGCGCACGUGUGGUUUUAAGAUUCUAAACGCAUAAAGCCACGAAUAUGGCGGCGAGCAGAUUUUCAGUGUUUGUAUUAUCAGGUCACCAAUCAGAUCUCUUGGAGGCAGCUGACAUCAUCACAUCAUUGAGAUUCGCCUCAUAUAUGUAUAUCUGCAGGUUGCCAAGUUGAAUUCCUUUAAAACAAGCCGUUUAUCUCUAAAUCAGAGUAUAAUCUCAUGUAUUGGCCCGUGGUGACCAGCAGCUGAUGUGUCCUUCUUAUUGACAAUCAAUGCUGAUCUGGAUUUAAGUUUUGGUGGUCUGUGAGACUGGGAAUGUCUUUUUAAGCUUGUUUUCUUUUUCUCAAGGAUCUAGUAGGAUGUUUCGAGAGAGUACAGCAUGUUAUAACAGCCUUUAUUGUAAAGCACCAGGAAGUUUACUGCAGUUCGCUGGCCAAGUAUGUAAGAUUCAAAUAGCCAUUUUGGAUCCCACGGUGAUCAGAAACCUGUGAGUUUUAACUUUGUCACAGGAACGUUGUGAUUCACCUCGACUCAGGCACCUACAGUUAUCAUUCUUCGUUUUUCUUUUAGUUCUGUACACGCAGGAAUUUUUUUAUAUAUAUAAUUUAUGUGGUGUAAUUAAGGUGGUAUCGUUCUAGUUUUUUGUGUGUGUGUGUGCGUGUACGUGUGUGAUUUAACAAUACAAUGGCACUGAUAUCCUGAAUGUGAAAGCAUAGUCACUAUAUUAAAGUGUUGAAAGCCAUAACGCAAAGAGCGAGAGUUUUCGGCGGAUUUGUAAGGAUGUUUUUGUUAGUGUCGUCUUUCUGUCUAGCAGAACUGGAAGACAGUCUUAUGUGGAUCGACUAGGGGGCUUCCUGACAACUGGUACUGUUUGUUUUUGACGUCCUGUCAAAAGAUUUCUCUCCUACUGAAUGUGGGCCGCUACCUGAAGUCACAUGACCUUUGUUUGAGGCUACUCGUUGUGUUUUAUGUUGCUUUUAAAGGAAUAGUUAAUCUAAAAAAAAAAAAAAAAUUUGCUGAAAAUCUACUCGCCCUCAGGCUGUUUAAGAUGCAGAUGAGUUUGUUUCUUCAUCAGAACAGAUUUGGAGAAAUUUAGCAUUACACUUGAAGAUCCUCUGAAGUGAAUGGGUGCCGUCAGAAUGAGAGUCCAAACAGCUGAUAAAAACAUCACAAUAAUUCACAAGUAAUCUAUAUGACUCCAGUCCAUCAGUUAACAAAGCCAUCAAGACGUCCUCUAUCUGUAAUAUCGCUUUCUCCAGUGAAAAUGUUUUCUCGUCUGAAUCAGGAGAGAAAUAUGCACAUUUAUUAGAUCAAGCACCGUUUACAAGCCAAAACAGUUCUAAACGAAAAUGUUGGUGGAUUAUUAUGGAUUAUUGAUUCAGAUUUUGGCCAGAUACAACAGUUUGAACUUUUUAAAUGAUGGAUAUGUUUCUUACAAACACACAGGUUUUUGCUUCGCAAGAUAUUAACUGAUGGACUGCAUUGUUGUGGAUUACUUGUGGAUGUUUUUAUCAGCUGUUUGGACUCUCAUUCUGACGUAGGGUUGUCAAAAGCCGAUUUUUAAACAUCGCUGAUUGGUCGUAGUGUUGACGUGCUCGACAGACAUGACUGUGAUUGGCUACAAAGCGCUUCACACUCUUCAGCCAAUCACAGUCAUGUCUGUGGAGCGCGUGAACACUAUGGCCAAUCAGCGAUGUUUAAAAAUUGGCUCAACAGCGCUCAAAUGUGAGCGGGAAAUGGACGUUUUUAAAAUUUCUGUACUUAAAGUACAGAACCCGGUGCCUUUGACAACUCUAUUCUGACGGCACCAAUUUGCUGCAAAGGAUCCAUUGGUGAGCAAUUGUUGAAAUGCUACAUUUCUCCAAUCUGUUGACCUGAGGGAGAGACCGUUUUCAACAAAAUGUCGUUUUUGGAUGAACUGUUCCUUCACUGUAAAAAGUUUUCACCCGUUUCAACUUUAAAACUUAAGUUCAGCAGCAGCCUUAAAUUUUAAGUUAAAUCAACUUUAAACUACAAGUCAUUUCAACUCACUACAAUAAAAUGAGUUAAAAUGACUUGUGCUUUUAAGUUGAUUUAACUUACGAGUUGACGUUACUUGUACUUUUAAGUUGAUUUAACUUAAAAUUUUAAGGCAGCUGCUAAGCUUAAGUUUUUAAGUUGAAACUGGUGAAAACUUUUCACAGUGUUGAAUUUUACUCUGAAAUGUGACUUAUUUUUGUAGUUCUCUUUAAUGAGUUUCAAACUCUUAUGUAAAUGGUGACAAAUACAACAUCUGCUGCAAACAGCAGUCCGCAUGUCAGCAAACCGGUGUUGUUAUUUCUUACUAAUAUGUGCGUUUAGUAUCGCAGACGAUAAUUGAAAAUAAAACCGCUCAACAGAUAGAUAUCUUGUAAAGCUACCGCUGCAUAGUGUUAACUUAUAAGUGGAAACUAUUUGCAUGAACGUCAACUUCACAAUAAUACAUUUUGGUGACUUUUGGUUUCAUUCUGUUUCUUUUAUACUGAAUGCUGGUGAUUCUAUCUAUUUUCCUGAGCUUUGUAAGUGCAUAUAACUAUUUUUGUCUAAAAAUGAUGAUGAUCAUGGUUAAACAACUAUUCUGAUUGUACGGCAUGCUUUUGUAAAGGCGUUUGUUGUUGUUUGAGCAGUGUUGGUUGCACCCAUAGAAAAUGUGAAAUACUGUUUAUCAGCGUGGGUCACACUAGGUCACAUUAUGCAUGUGUUUUUAUUACGGAAUGGAUCGUGCUUUGGCUGCAAGUCUACAAAAGGGACCUCGAAUUGUGUCUGUGUUGAGUGUCAUUUAAUCUGCGACCUUCAUUGUGCUUCGCUCAAAUGCUGUCUGAUCCUUUAGGGGGCGCUCUUUACCACACUGUUUUAGUUGCAUAAAAUUAUAAGAUCUCCAAAGUUCACUCACUUUUCUGCUUGAAAACAGAAUCACAAUCUCAAUGCACUAAUGAAAUCUAAAUGUUUUUUUAGAUGUAGAUACACUGAAUAUCCACCAAAUCUGUUAUCAACAGAAUUAUUCUUUAAACACAAUGGCCUGUAGGUUGAAACAGUUGAACGGUGAUAUAAUCUAAUCAGGCCACUAAUGGGAAGCUGGUGUGUGUCUGAGUGUGUUACACACAUUUGAAAGAGUGAAUCAGUGUUGUGUUUCUCUAGUGGUGACGCAUUGCUGCUCUUACAACAUCAAGCCAAUUGCUAUUUGUAGUAUUUACAUUUUCUCCCGAUGUCUUUUGUAAUCUUUUGCUUCAGAUCUAACAGCUUCACGUUUCUCUGAAGAUCAGCCUUCCAACUUUGCCGAGGUUGUUUUUUUUUU